AUCAACAUCGGCCAUGAGAUUGAAGCGCAACACACGCCUCUCCUGGGAGUCGUUCUCGAUUAUUUUCUUCCUUGCGUUGGCUGCGUCAUGGAGCCCUUUGGAAGCCGAGGUCGUGACCCAGAGUCUGACGAACACCUUGGAGACGCUGGAGGACCUGAGCCAUCCCUGCGCCCGGGAGUGUGUCGCGGGAGACAGCAGGGUUUGCCGCUACACGUUCAAGGUGGAAUGGUACAUCACGAUGAGCAAAGCCUGUUUCGACUGCCCCUUCAACCUGACCGACUGCGCCCGGCCCCACUGCGCUCCCGCCGACGGCUUCGAGAGACCGCUGGUCACUGUCAACAGGAGGCUGCCCGGGCCGGCCCUGCACGUAUGUGUGGGCGACGAGAUGAUAGUGGACGUCGUUAACGAACUCGGCAGCGAUUCCACCUCGAUCCACUGGCACGGACUCCACCAGCAAGGCACGCCCUACAUGGAUGGUGUGCCCUUCCUCACCCAGUGCCCAAUCCCGGCAGGAAAUACGUUCAGAUAUCACUUUCUGGCUGACCAUCCUGGCACUCACUACUGGCACUCUCAUUCAGGUCUCCAAAGAACGGACGGCAUGUUCGGGUCCCUGGUCAUCCGAGAACCCAAAGAACAAGACCCGCUGAAAGAACACUACGACGAGGAUGACUUCGAACACAUGUUUGUAAUAACGGACUGGCUGGAUGCUCUCGGGAUCGACAAGUUCGUGAAUCACCAUCACACUGAGCACGAUAAUAAACCUUAUACCCUACUGGUCAACGGCCGAGGAAAACACGUUAUGUUUGAGAGAGACGAUGUACAGACAUACACUCCUGUACAUGAGGUCGUUGUCAAGCCGGGAAAGAGGCAUCGGUUCAGAGCCUUGAGCAACAGCAUACAGAAUUGCCCCAUUGUUAUUUCUGUAGAAGGACACAAAUUGCUUGCUAUUGCUACGGACGGGAUGCCCAUUCAGCCCAUAGAAGUGGAUUCUCUCACGAUCUUCGGCGGCGAGCGAUGGGACUUCGUAGUGAACGCGACCGAGGAGGUGGCACCAUAUUGGAUCUACUUCCAGGGCCAGCUGGACUGCGACGACCGGUUCAAGAGUGCUUUCCAGGUCGCCGUCAUGAGGUACGAGGGAGCUCAGGGCUACCCGACGAGCCUACAAAACGUCACCUACGAGUCUACGAUUCCGGAGGGUCUUAAUUUGAACAAGCUGAACGCGGCGCCGGGAGACGGAACGUUCGUAACCGCCGCCGAGAUCAGGGGCUUAGAGGAAGACGAAGCCAUUGCCAGAACACCUGACUACCAGUUCUGGCUUGACUUCGACUUCUACAGCAAAAAUAACGAGCUGUUUCACCACGAGGAACAUUAUCCUUUCUUUGGAGUGCAGAGGAGCCACCGCGUGUACCUCCCCCAGAUCAACGACAUCAGCCUGAGACUCCCCAGCGUGCCUCCUCUCUCGCAACCCGAGGGCGUGGACGUCGAGAGGGACUUCUGCAACGCCACUUCCAAGGGCAAGGUGUGCGCAGACUCCUUCUGCUACUGCCCCCAUGUCCUCAGCGUCGAGAAGGACAGGCUCAUAGAGCUCGUGUUGGUGGAUGAGGGUGUUGUAUACUGGGCCAAUCAUCCUUUCCAUCUACACGGCCAUACGUUCAAGGUGCUAGCCAUGGGACGCUUAGGGGAAGAAACGACCAUGAAAAAGGUGAAGGAACUCGACGCCGCCGGCCUGAUCGAGAGGAACUUCGACAACCCGCCCACGAAGGACACGGUGACGGUGCCUGACGGAGGCUACACAAUCAUACGCUUCUUCGCUACUAAUCCAGGCUACUGGCUCUUCCACUGCCACAUCAGCUUCCACGUGGAGGUGGGCAUGGGGCUGGUGUUCCGCGUGGGCGACCAGAGCAUGCUGCCCCCCGUGCCCAAGGACUUCCCCCGCUGCGGCCACUGGACCCCUGACCCCGACCCCAACUUCAAGGCCAAGGUCAUGAGGUACGUCGAGGGUCAAACUCAGGUCACGGUGGACUUCGACCUCCUGGCCAACAGCUCCGACCACGCCCCCGGACCAAGCUACUCCACACCCGUCAGGAGGCCCACCAAGGCGCCCGCGAGAUCCACGGGCACGCAUGGCACCAGCGGCGGGUCGGCAUUAGCCCCAACGACCUCGGGAUCUCUCUCUUCGCUGCUUCUCCUGGCGUUCGUUUUGGCGCGAGGAUUCUGCCACGCGUAAAAAUGACCGUUACGGAUGGAGUUCAAAUAUUUGAAAAUAAAAGAAGAAAAAACACGGAGAGAAACAAAAACGAAAACAAAGAAAUGUUAUCAAGAUUUCAGUCUGGCCGAAGCUGCGACACUGUUUUUUUGUUUGUUUUUUAUUCUCAUUAAUGUAUUCUUGUGAAGAACGUGUUUGGGUGAAAGAGUGCGUUAGAUUUUUUUUGUCGUUAUGUGCAAGUGUAUUUAGGUGUUUUUGAAAGAGUAUGUUUGUAAUGAGUCUGAAACGUGUGUUUAGGUGUUAGUAUUCUAUAUGCUUAUUGUAAUAUUUAAUACAUUUUCUAAACGGUGGUUGAAAUGCUUCGGUAAUAUGUCUUAUUUAUUUCAAAUAUCAAGAAGAUGACAAACAAAAAAACACAAACUACUGAACAAUUCUUUUGUGACCAGAAUGUAGCUUCAAGAUGAAAGGAGAAAAAAAAAACAUGAAAACAAAAGAAAAAAAAAAAAAUCCCUGUUUUCUAUAUUCUUGUAUCUCACGUUCAUAUAAGAACUUUAAUUUAAGUUUUAAAUCUAUACCAUCUUCACGGCCAUUCCAAUAUCAGCUUAGUGUUAUCAGACCUUCGUUGAAACUCUUGUGUGAUAAUAUCAACAUAUUGUUGCUUUUAUUAUAAGAAUCUCUAUUG